GUGAUUGGUUAGAUUUGUGGAAGUAGCGGGGCGGGUAGUAAAGUCGCUCUACCGUGACUUCUUGUUAUUUGUCUUCAGUUUUACUAUUUUAGUAAUGUAUUUUUAGUGGAACCUAGUUGAGCAACAGUUGUGAAAGACUGCUGGCUACAGAAGCAUCUUUUUUUAACUACAUGUUACAAGAUAUUUACAUGCUUUUGUGACAGAGUUAGCUCUGUUAGCUUAGCAGGCUAACCUCCCAUUGGAACCACGAUAGAUAGCUUCCAAGGAGCUACAAAAGCAGCAGUAGUGACACCAAUAGACGAGCAUGAAUUGCCCACCCACAAAGCGUCUCCGAGGCCUAAACCAGGAUGUUGUGACAGCAGUUGCCUUCGAUGACCCUUUUGGAGAUGAUGAGGAAUUCACCCAGGAUGACUUGGAUGAAAUAGACGUCCUCGCCUCGCAGGCCUUCACUUCGGCAGUACCAGCGCCGGCGUCUAAACCAGUAUCCAAACCCAAGAACCAAGCCCUUGGCUCCACCUUGCCAUCCUCUCUGGGGCAAAACAAUUCUGCAACCAACCAGAGCAAAGAGAACAAGUCUGAGAUAUACAGAGGAAAUGCUGGAAAACACAGCAGGGAACAUUUUGGUAACAUUCAGCAGCAGUUUGGGUCAGACAGAGAGGACUCCUAUAGACUCCUGGAGGCACAGCAGGCAGAGCUUAAGAGGAAGUUAAAGGAGGUGGAAGAGGAGAUUCUGUUGAAGAGUGGUGAGAUCCGUGUCCUGAGGGACUCUCUGAAAUCAGCUCAACAAGAGAAGGAAGCGCAGAGACAGAACCAGAUUCUGCUGGAGACUCAGAGGCAGAAGGAGCAGAGUGACCGAGAGAAGGAGCUCAACAGGAAGGUUCAGUCUCUGCAGUCUGAGCUUCAGUUUAAAGAAGCAGAAAUCAAUGAGAUGAAGACCAAACUUCUCACUUCAGACAAAAACAAGACAGCCUCUCCUCUGGCUAGGAAUAGUCCUAAAGUACUUGGCACUCUCAACCAGAUGCAUCAAAUGAGUGGCAGCUCCUCCUCCUCUCCAGGAGGAAACGGUUUCAUCACCAAGGAGGUGUUUGGAGCCCAGAUUUCAUCCCGAAUGACACCAGUGAAAACUCUGAGAGAUGCAGCAGACAGAGGAGUAUCUAACAGCAGAUCUGGUGAUGGACAGGAAACAUCUCAUCCAGACCCCUUCCUGUCCAUCAGACCUGCACAGAUGCACCACACAGGUGGCGUCUUGCUUGGGGUGCUGUUGCAGCAGCCAUUACUUCCUAGCAACCUCGGCCUCUCCCACCUGCUGUCGAUGAGUGUGGCUGAAUUCAGUCAGCUGUCGACUGGUCCUCAGCUCCACUCUGAUUCCCUAGAUGGUGCCAGCGCUGUUGGAGCCCCCAGAGCUUCUCUGAGUUUGGUCCAAAGUCUGGCUGCAACCGGAUUCAACGUGCUGAGUCAGAGUCAAACAACAACAACAGUCGGCAACAGAAAUAACAGGUCAUGUCCUGGAGCAGUCUUCCUCCUCCCUUUGUUAGAUCUUCAUCUUUCUCAGCUCUGUUGUACUUUGGACUCCCUUCGCUCCUCCGCCUCUGGCGUUCGUGGGUCAGACUCUACCACGACCAGGUCACUCCCACCAUGCCAAACUGUGUCUCCUGUUCUGGGGAGACUGGAUGAGGCUGGUGUCACAGGUUUCAGUGUGGAGGAAACUGGUUUGACUGCACUCAAGCUUCUUUACCUACUUUUGGCCCAAAGUGAUGAGGUGGUGAAAGCAGUGUUGUUGAGGAGAAACCUGACUACAGGCAAUGUACAUGAAAAUAAUUAUCACCCUGAUACACACAUGGGUCUUUGCUCCCAGAAUGCCUUGCUGCAGUCACUACUCCGGUUGUGUGACGUACGUCUCGGUGGUAAUGGCGCUCAAAAAGAGAAGCUCAUCCUUAACGCUUUGAAGACUGUUUGCAUCCUCAUAAAAAGGACGCCACCCACUCAUUCUGACAGGCUGCAGUGUGUGUUGCAGGUGGUAUGUCUGUGUUUAUCACAAGACACCAGGGUACAGACAGUUUCAGAGUGCGUCUCUGUUCUCACAGCCAUGGCUGACCAUCCGACACUGGCCAAGCAGCUCUGUUCCCAGCACGAUACUUGUAUUUUUCUUAAGUUGUUCCAUUUGAUCAGGACCAGACCAGACAACCAAGCAACACAUGCAGAUUUGAUUUUGCUGGACCUGCAGGUUGUACGUUUGUUGAGCAGAGUGACUCAGAGGACCGAGAGCUGGCCAAACAACAACCAGAGCCCCUGCCAGUGUUAUACUGAGUUGGUUCAGGCAGUUGUGAUCAUUUUCCAUCGUCAAUGGUUGGAUCUUCGCGGCUCUCAAGAGCAAACAUCUGCAUCCUGCUUUCCUUAUUGGAGCGGCGCAGCAUCACUCCUCAGAGAGGCUCUGCUGCUGCUUCACUGGCUGCUGCUGCAUCACAGGAGCUUCUCUGAAAGUUGCAGGCCGGUGUUGCACAUGUAUGACCAGAUGAUCCCUGCUGUACGUGAAACAUUGAACAAGAUCCCCGAGCUGAGUGACAGUGAAGAGCUGGCCUUGGAGGAGAUAUGCCGCUCUUACGGUGAUGACACUGAUGAUAUGGAAACUGACACCGCCUCAUAACCUGCUGCUACUGUUCAGUCCGAGUCUGUUGGUGACUCCUUCAGCAAAUAUGAAGCACUGCUAACAGACUGUUAAAAUAAUUCAGACUAAGAUUAGGACAGAACAGAGGCUUUCUGUUAAACGCUUGUCUGAAGUGAACAUUACACAAAAAUGAUGGGUCAGAGCUGAGCUUUGACUGAAGGAUCAGACUGGGAUGAAGGAAUCAUUCUCCUUUUUGACGGAUUCAAUAAAAAAUAAGGUGAAUGAA